CCGCGCGCGUGACCGAAAACGGCGCUAAGAAAAGGGGGAAAAAGCCGCACCGGCCACCGCCAGUCGCCGCCCUAAUCCCGCCGCGCGCCGCCACCCCCAAAUCCCGCGCCGGCGCCCUCCCAAGUCGAGCCAUCCGUGGCGCUGCCUCCAACCCGCCAUCCAUGACGCUGGCUCCCGUAUGUGCUUCCUGCCGGAGCUGGAGGAGCCCGUGAGUCCUAGUGAGGGUACUCCAGGUACCACGAGCCCGACCCUUGCGCCUUCGCGUCGCCGCCCGUCCCCUUCGACUCCCGCGGCCCCCUACUGGUGCUGGCCUGCUCUGGCCUCUGGGGGGGCGCGCGCCUCCCGCCGGCUGCCGGCGCCCCCAGCCCCGCACCGGCCUGCACCCGCGGCCUCCCGCCCGGCCGCCCCGACGCGAGCGGCAGGGACCACUCUCGGGUUCCAGCCCCAGCAGGCAGCAUCCAUUGCCCAAUUGCCUACCCUAGUUUCAAAUCCUGGUCCGCCACUACCCGUGACCCCAGAGCCAGAGGAGCCCGUGACGCCGACCCCUGGAGGAGCCUGCCCGACACCCCCCUGCGCUGCCUGCUUUGAAUCCAACUGAGAAUUAAUAUAGCUAGCUGGUGAGGUUCUGGAUCUAGUAAUGGCGGAAAGCACUCAUGGUAGUGGUCGCCAUGUGUUUGGGGACUUGACAAAUGUCCUUUGCAAGCGACCAGCCCCAUCAGACCUGGAGAAUAGUAUGGGUGGAAUAAAGAUUAGACGGAUUGAAAAGGAUGCUGGGACUUGGAAAGAGUUUGAUGAAUAUGCAAAAAACAGUAGUAGAGGGAAAGGAAUUGUAUAUGGGCAUUUGUUUGAUGGUGUUGCCAAAGAGAACUUCGAAAGGCCUUCUAUUUUUCGGAACUCUAAGGUCCAGCACAUGGCUGCUGAAGCAGCUGGGCUGUUAUCCAAGGAGGACAUUGACUUGCGGAACCGUCGUGCAUCAAUAGACCCAUUUGAUCUCAGUGAUAAGGAGCAGGAUUCUUCGCUGGAAUCUGAAGGUGACUAUGAUGAAGAUGAUGAUGGAAUGGAUGGUGAAUUGCCAGGCCAUUUUAUCAGCUCAGAGCUAGCUAAUAAAACAGCUGCUAAUGACAGCGAGUGCCUGACUCAAGAGGAGAUAGUUGGUUCAUCAGGAAAUCAGAAGCCUCUGUGUUCACUGGACUUUACUACAGGUGGUGACAUGCCAAGUUCUAGUGCUCAGCACGCUUCAAUGAGAACUAGUGGCUCAGAAGCAGCUGUCCCCACAAAAUCUUGUGCUUGUUCGUUCUGUCUUAAGGCUGCAUCUAUGUGGACAGAUCUCCAUUAUCAGGAUGCAAGAAGCCGACUUGCUGUAUUGAAGAAAAGCAUAAAGUUUGCUAGGUCGUUGGAGGCAAAAAGCAAAGGCAAUGAAUAUGCUCCCAAUGUAGCUGGCCACAAGUCAAAACAAGCUGUGGAGAUGGAGUUUGAACUAUCUCAACAACGGAGAUCACUCUUUCUUUAUACAGAGAAUGCCCUUGUUCGCGAGUCAGCACAGCUUCAUUCAGCUUUUGUGAAGUUAAAGGAAUUGAGAGAGAAGUGCAAGACAGAUCUUGAGAUGAUAAGCAGUUCUUCAUUGGGAAAAUGAGCACUCCCAUGUUGGCGCUGUGGUUGCUGAACUGGUUCCGGCUUGAUAUGUGCAUUGACAUAGGCUGUCAGCUUUAGGAAUUGUGUUGGUUACCAUCGCUUUGUGACUUUGGCUGUAGUGACUACUCCUAUCAUAAAGCAUUGUUCCAGAAUGUUUGUAGCUGAUGUAAAAUCUCCAUGGUGAGGUAGGAACUGUAUGUUUUGUCUCAUAGAGACGUAGGCAUCGACUUGAUUCUGAUGGUUGAGUGACGUUUUAUACUGUUUGUGCACUGGAAAAGGCAAGGGCUUGUACCGUGCAUUGCUCUGUACUGUACUCUGUGAGUACGUUACGUUUAUUUAGGUUUCUCAGUAAAUUCGACAUCGCCAAA